AGGCGCAUAAUACGAUUAUGAAAAGGCUACUGUUCCUUUAAUAAGAAUUGAGGGUUUGAUAUAUACUUUGAAGGUCACCUGCAAUUCUGGAUUUGUGAUGUCAUCAUAGAAAAUGAGACCAAUAGGAAACUAUUUACACCUUUUGUGACCACCAAGAACAGACUCAGGCCCCUCCUUUUGGCGCCGGUGCCCAAAACCACACGAUCUAGCCCCGCACAACACCGAACACAGUUUAUGGGAAAGAUGCACGCUUCAUGAAAAGCCUCACUGUAAGACACUAUUUUGGGUUUAGUCGUUGCUUUGCUGUGUUAAUUGCACGAGGAUCAAUUGUUCUCUUCGAUUUUACCAGGGUUUCCUUACCAUGUUCCCAAGCCCGAUGACUUCAACUCCCUUUUCUGUGAAGGACAUAUUAAACUUGGAGCAAAACCAAAGUCAAAUGGCAUCACUGGAAGUAUCAUCCAGGCUAGACUCUGCCUUGUCACCUUCUUCCUGCAUGCUGGCGACAUUUAAACAGGAGGCGUACACAGAGAUCCCGUCGGCAGCCUCUCUUUUCAAUGAAGAUUUCGCUCAGACCAAAGACACCAAGAACACUUGUCUGAACUACGCCGAUACCUUUUAUGGCAAAAAUUUCUUGGAAAUGAAUGUCAACAAAGACGUAAAAUUGGACACAUUUGAGGGAAACAAGAAAAAAGAAAUCUAUUCAGCACACAAAGACACCGAGGACGAGGAGAAGGGAGAAGAAACUGAUCGCCCAAGACAAAGGAAAAGGAGAAAACCUCGAGUGCUCUUCUCGCAGGCCCAAGUGUAUGAGCUGGAGAGAAGGUUCAAACAACAGAAAUACCUUUCUGCCCCCGAGAGGGAUCACCUGGCCAGCGUCCUCAAACUCACCUCCACUCAAGUCAAAAUCUGGUUCCAGAACAGAAGAUACAAAUGCAAAAGACAACGGCAGGAUCAAACGUUGGAAAUGGUUGGCAUCCCGCCUCCGAGGCGCAUCGCGGUGCCCGUGCUGGUCAGAGAUGGCAAACCGUGUAUAGCAGACACAGCGUACAGUACUUCGUAUAACGUUGGCAUUAACCAUUACACUUACAAUGCCUACCCUACAUUCACCAACUACACCAACCCAACCUGCAACACAAACUAUGCAUGUAACUAUCCAGCCACAGCGAUGCAAACAAUGCAAUCGUCACCAGCCAGCAAUAACUACAUUAACUUUGGUGUUGGCGACCUCAAUAAUGUACCGUCUCAAUUCCAGUCUGGCAAUGGAGUUUCUACAUUACACGGUAUCAGAGCUUGGUAGCUUUUUUUUUUGUUGUUGUUUUUUA